UGGCGAAUGUUCCGCCCCGCGAGCUGUCCGUGGGAGAGGCAGAAGCGCAGCGCCGGGCAGCGCUCGGUGCCUGCAGUGCCGGGCGGAGGCUGCGGGCGCCGCUGUUGACCGAGAGGAGCGAGAGGAAGCUCGGAGCGCUGCAGCCCCGCCCGCUGCGGACCCGCUCGAUCGCUCGCUCGCUCGGGGUCUGGCUCGGCGGCGGCCGGUGUGCGAGCCUCUCCGAAGUGCAGAGCGGUUCUGUACGGAGGCAGAAAAGCCGGCGACAUCACCGGGGAGCGGUGAGUGGAAGAGCGGUGUUGCGGAGCCGCUGCGGAGAUGUGCGCGGCGGGGAGGCGCUGGGGCCGGCGGCAGCGAGCUCUGCUCGGGGCCGUCCUGCUGGCGGCGUGGCAGGCGGCGUGGGGGCAGCUGCGCUACUCGGUGCCCGAGGAGAUGCCCAAGGGCUCGUUCGUGGGUGACGUGGCCAAGGACCUGGGGCUGCACCUGCCGGAGAUCAGCGACCGCGGCGUCCAUAUUACAGAAAGAGGCAGGACACAGUAUUUCGCUCUGCACGGCAAGACGGGACAUUUAGUGACGGCGGAGAGGAUCGACAGAGAGCAGCUGUGCGAGGAAGCGCAGCAAUGUGUGCUGCGCUGUGAGCUAGUAGUACAGGGAGAAAUGAAGUUGUACGGGAUCGAAGUGGAAAUCACGGACAUUAACGACAACUCCCCCAGCUUCAGAGAGGCAGAAACAGAGCUGAGAAUGAGCGAGACGACAGCGCCGGGGUCGCGGUUUCCCCUUGCCAGGGCUCACGAUCCUGAUUCGGGCCGGAAUUCCCUGCAGAGCUACGAGCUGAGCGGCGACGAGCACUUCUCGCUGGCCGUGCAGGCGGGCCCCGGCGGCGAUCAGCGUCCCGAGCUGGUGCUGGCCAAGGCGCUGGACCGGGAGGAGGCGGCGUUUCACGAGCUGGUGCUGAGGGCGAUGGACGGCGGCGAUCCGGCACGGACGGGCACGGCUCGGAUCCGCGUGACCGUGGUGGAUGCGAACGACAACGCGCCCGUGUUCAGCCAGGCGGAGUACACGGUGCGAGUGCCCGAGGACGUGCCCGUGGGCUCUACACUUGUUGCUGUAACUGCCACGGACGCCGACGAGGGGCCGAAUGGGCAGGUGACAUAUUCAUAUCAAAUGGUUUCUGUGAAAGCGUUAAAGAUAUUCGAUCUGGACGCUGAAACGGGAGCUAUCACAUUGAUGCGUAACUUAGACUUUGAGGAUGGUACUUACUACGAACUUGAGGUACAGGUUCGAGACGGCGGGGACCUAUCCGACAUAGCGCAAGUGGUGAUCACAGUGACAGACGUCAACGACAAUGCGCCCGAGAUUUCCGUGCGGUCGGCACUAAGCGAGAUCUCGGAAGACGCCCCCACGGGAACUGUCGUGGCCCUUGUGUACGUGCACGACCGGGACUCGGGGGCGAACGGCGAGGUGAGCUGCUCAAUCGACAAAGACGUCCCGUUCCGGCUUCAAAGGUCGCAGGGCAAUUACUAC